ACAGAUUUCAACCUUUGGUUUGCAGAGAUCGUUUGAUUUUCACGUUUUAAAAUUUUGAUUGUUCUGGUUACAUCACACCACUAUCUUUCAAGGAGCAUAAACUCUUCUAAAGAUGCCACGAACAUACAUCAGGAAAAAUAUGAGGAAGCAGUGGGCGGCUGACGCAAUGACUGCAGCAGUUACUGCAGUUAGAAACAAAGAAAUGGGCUAUUUAAAAGCCAGCAAAACUUUUGGUGUUCCUAGAGCAACUUUAGAACGCAAGGUGAAAUGCAUUGACACACCACUCAGCGAAGUGGUAAAUGUUCCCUUAGGGAGAAAGCCUACAUUGCCACCUCAUAUUGAAGCAGAUUUGGUCAAUUACAUAAUUGAAAUGGAGGCUAGACUGUUUGGUUUAACUAGCACUGAUGUGCGAAGAAUGGCGUAUCAGCUAGCUAAAAUGAACAAUAUCAAGACUGACUUCAACAUUAACAAUGAAAUAGCAGGCAAAGACUGGCUAAUAUCAUUUUUAUGUAAGCACCCAGAACUUUCUUUACGAAGUCCAGAAUCAACUUCAGCUGCUCGAGCCACUGCCUUUAACAAAGUCAAUGUUGGGAAAUUUUUUGAUCUUCUGGAAAAAGAAGUUGAUUUAAAGAAAUAAAAAUCAAAUCAAAUCUAUAACGUUGACGAGAAAGGCAUCA